AUGAUAUUAGAAAUCAUACCAUUGUAUAGUUACAAUUUUUAUAGCACUUUGUUAAUAAUAAAAAAUAUAUUUUAUUCGGACGAAAAGCAUGAAUUUGAUAAUGGCGGUAAUUUCUCAAUUGGGGAUGAGGAAAGGAAUAUAGUUGAAACGGGCACAAUAAAAAAUAACAACUUUUUAAAUGAUGAAUGUAAUAAUAAUAGUGAAAAAGAAAAUAAAUACACCAAAUCAUAUAAUUACAAUUAUAUAAAUAACAAAAAUAAUUUUUAUGCUGAUAAAAAAAACGAAAAUAUAUAUAUUCUGAUAAAUUGCGGAUGGGAUGAUAACUUUUGUCUUGAUGAUGUUAAAAAUAUUAUAAAAGUUUGCGAAUAUGUAGAUAUCAUAUUUAUAACGAAUCAUGGAUUGAGCUACGUUGGAUGCCUCCCAAUUAUAUAUCAAGAGUUUUCUAAGCUGAAUAGAAAAGUUCCUAUAAUAUGUCAUGAAUACACAAAAUCAUAUAGUAAAUAUAUUUUAUUAAGUUAUAUAAAAUGUAUAAACAAUUGCGAAAUUUUAAAAAGAUUUAAUGAAAACGAAUAUAUUAAUUUAAUAAAUGAUUUAUAUCAAAACAUUUCUGAAUUAGAAUAUAAAGAAUAUUAUACUUAUAAAAAAAAUAUAUUAUAUGAAAAAGAAUCAAAAAAAAAAAACAUUAUUUUUAUAUUACCAAUUUAUUUUAUGAAUAAUGGCAACAACAUAGGAUCAUCAGGAAUUAUCAUUAAACUUUUUAAUUAUAAAAUUUUAUAUUCUAUAAAUACUAAUAUAAUUGAUUAUUCUUUUAUCGAAAAGUCUGAUAUUAUAAAUCAAUCAAAUGUUUUUACUUUUAUUGGCAAUUUUAUGUAUACAAAUAAAAAUUAUAACAAAAUGACUGAAAUAAAAAAUAUAAUAAAUAUAGUUAAUCAAACUAUAAACAAUUUGGGUUGUGUCUUUUUCCCUGUAGAUAUUGACAACAUAUUUUUUGAUCUCCUUUUUCACGUAAACGCAUUGAUGGAGUUAAAUUCACAACGAUAUGUCAUUCUGUUUCUAUGCCCAUACGCAGAAAACUUAAUCCGGCUUUUGUGUACAUCCAUAUCAUAUAUGAACAAAUAUAUAAAAAACAAUUUUCACAAAAACCGAGUAAACUUAUUCAAAAUAAAAAACUUAAUAUGCUUAAAGGAUUAUAACGAUUUUAAAAAAUAUGAAGAUGGAUAUUAUAUUUUAUUUUCAUUUCCUUCCAAUAUAAACAACGAUACAUCAAAAAGGAUUUUGUCAUCUUUCCUUACAAAUAAAAAGAAUGCUUUAAUAUUAACAAAAAAAAAUAAAACAAAUAAUAUUUGCUCUGAUAUAUGUAACAAUUAUUAUAAAAAUAAAAAAAAAGAAAACAAGGAAAACUUUAACUUUUCAUACACAAAAAAUGUAAAAGUAGAUGACGAUGCUUUAUAUGAAAUUUAUUUAAAAGAAAAAAAUAACAUUGAAAAUUUUAUUUUGAAAACUAUAAAUGAAACCAAAAAAAAAAAAAAAAAAAAAGAAAUCCAAGAUAAUAAUGAAGAAGAAAAAAAACACAAUAAACAAAAUAAGCAUUUUAUAUUUGAAUCAAAUGAAGAAAUGAUAUUCAUAAAAAAAAACAAAAAAAAACAAACACAUAUUAUAACUCAAACAGAAAACAAUAAUGUUGAUAAUAUUCCAAAAGAACAUUCAAACAAUAUAUUUCUAAAAAAGGAAAAUCUUAACGAAGAAAGCUUUUUCGAAUUUUUUAAAAAUAAAAAAAAAAAAGACAAACAAGAAAAUGUAAAUAAUGACGCCACUGAAAGUAGUACAAGCACCGAACCAGAAGAAGAAGAAGAAGAUGAAUAUGAUGAAGAUGAAUAUGAAGAUGAAGAAAAUGGAGAUGAAGAUGAAUAUGAAGAUGAAGAAAAUGGAGAUGAAGAUGAAGAAAUUAAAAUAACAAAUAAAAAUGUAAAAUUUGGAGAAAACUUUUAUUCAUAUAAACAAAAUAAAAUCGAAAUACAAAUUAAAAGAGAAUUAAAUAACUAUGACGAAAAUAACAAUCAAGAUACAUAUCUGAAUAAAGGAUAUAAAUUUUCAUCAAAUAAUAUGAUAGAAAAUAAAAAAAAAACAAGAAAAAAAGGAAAAAUAAAAAUCGAAAAAAGUGAUUCUGAUAUAAGUAAUAAUUCUCAAAAAUAUGAUGAAAAAAACUGGGAAAAUAAAUUUAUAAAAUAUAACAAUGAACAGGAAACCCAAAAUAAAAUGUUAAUAAAAAAGGAAAAAACAAAAAAAAAUUUAUAUGCAAAUUUAGGAAAACAUAAUGAAGACAACCAAUAUAGUGACAUAAGUAACAUUUCAAUAAUAUCCCAAAAAAAUUCGUGGAAAAAUAAACUACUAAAAUAUUUUAAAACUAUUCCUACCAUCUCAAAAGAAGAAACAGUUUCUAUCCAAAUAAAUUGUAAAAUAAAAAUAUUUGAUAUUGAAUAUAUUAUUAAUCAAAACACAUUAAAAACGAUUUUAUGUCAUCUUAAUCCAAAACAUUUUGUUUUAUUACCAUCUUGUGAUUCAUAUAGUUCAUUAAAUUUUGAAAUGUUAUUUUAUUCUUCUAUAAAAAAUUCCACAAAAAUACAUACAUUUUAUUCUCCUAAUUAUUCGGAUACUAUAAAAGAAAAUAUGAAGGAUAUAUUAUAUGAACGUUAUUUUUUUAGAAACUCAUUAUCUAUAUAUUCUAUCAAAAUACCUCUAAAUUUACAAUAUGAAAAUGUUUAUAUAAAAAAUAUUUAUACUCUUAUUAAUUCUAUGACUCCAGAAGUUACUAAUUUCCACAUACUCAAAGCCAAGGUUCGCUUUGGCCCUUCCAAGGAGAGGGACCCUAACUUGCCCCCCAACCAGCGAAGCAAACGAUUUAUAAAUGAGCAUAGUACCUUUUGGAACGAAUAUAAAGGAUCCGAAUACACAUUGUCUAUCCCUGAAGAAAAGGGAGGCAUAGAAGAAGCUGGAAUAUUUUCAAAACCGAUUCAAAGUAAAGCAGAUGAAAAUAAAUCUGAAGAAGAAAAAAAUAAGGAUACUUCAGAUGGAAAUGAUGAAAAAAUGAAAAAAGGUAAAGAUACAAAAUUUUUAAAUUAUUAUAUUAAUGAUGAACAAACUGAAAAUCAAAGCGAUGGAAGUAGUGAGGAUAUAUCUAGCCUUUCUUCAGAAAAUGAAGAAGAUUCAUAUUUACACAAUAAAAUAAAUGAUGAAGAAAAACUAAAAGGAGACUUAUAUAUUGGCGAUGUUAGUAUAAAAAAUUUAUUAACAAGUAUAAAUAGAUUCCCUAAUGUUUGUCUCAAUUUUGUCAAUGAAAAUCAAAUCAUACUUAAUGGAAAAGCGAGUAUAAAAAAAGAACAUCUCAUAAAUAUAAAUAAAAACAAGGAAACGCAGUUUUCAGAAAAUACCAAUAAUACCGUUUGGAGAAUUGAAAGCUCUCUAGAUCCCUCCUUUUAUUUUAUGAGGAACGUUUUGAAAGACUUGCAUAACAACAUGUCUAUAUGA